UAGGUACUAUUUAAUCAUUAUCUCGUCAUUCCGCUGACAGUUUUAAUAGUUAUAAAAUAAUAAUGCUUAGUUACUUUAAAAUAUUCAUAACUGGCCAUGUUUGAAUUAUUAACCAGUAGGGGUAUAGUCUUCGUAUUCGAAUUCGGUCUACUGUGCAUAUAAUAGAUUAUCGUUAUUCUGCAACUAACUAGUAUAGUAUGCAGAAUUGUCUAAUAUAACAAGACAUCCGCUGAUGGGAAAUAAAAUGAAACUUUAUGACCGCAGCGAAUCGAAUUUUACACGUGUGUAUUAUGAAUGAGAAUAUCAAAUGAUCGCGUGUAGAUGUUGGUAGAUAGCCCAUUAUAAACCGCGUGAGAAUGUUAUUAUUUCAAAUUACAAGUAAAUUGUAUUAUUGUGACAUCUUGCGUUGAAAAUUACGAAAUCUUGGCUGAUACUUCAUUACCGACUAGUAUUAAAGACAUGAUCUAUCAUGAUCACUAAAGUACCAAGGUGUUGUUUUUUUUUAUAAAGUGUUGUUAUUGUUUGACAUUUAUAAUAUUAAUAUGAUUAGUUUAUUUAGUUGAGAUUUUGUCAUUUUAAAUUGUUUGUUAACUAUGGGAGUGACUGGAUUGUGGAGGUUAAUUGAAAAAUCUGGUAAACCAGUACCUCUGGAGACUCUAGAAGGAAAAAUUCUUGCUAUAGAUAUAUCAAUUUGGAUCCAUCAGGCAUUGCAGGGCUAUCAAGAUCGUCGAGGACAUGCAGUUCCUAAUGCACAUUUAUUGCUUUUAUUUAAACGUAUAUGCAAGCUUUUGCAUUACAGAAUAAAACCAGUAUUUGUUUUUGAUGGUGGUGUUCCAUUAUUGAAGAAAAAUACGAUAGCUGCAAGAAAAAAACACAAAGCUUUGGCAGCUGGAAAAGCUGAAAAAGUUAAAAAUGAUCUAUUGCAAAACUUGAUGAAAGUGUCAUUGGUAAAAGCUGUGACGUCUAAGAGCAACAAUGACGACCAAGAACAAUCUCAAGGUUCAUCGAGACAGAUUAAGCAAGUUGAUAACAUGUUCAAGUUGCCCGAUUUACCGGAUAAUUUAUCAGAUCAUGAGUCCAGUGACGAAGAGUCCGGGCGUCGAUUGAGUCCUCGCAAGCAGGCAAGAUGGAAAGGUAAUAUUCAUCACGUAGAUAUUAAUAAUGAUGAUUUUCGAGCACUACCAGCAGACGUUCGUUAUGAUAUUCUAACCGACCUGAAGGACACGCGUAAGCAAAAUUCUUGGGGACGUUUUAAAGAAAUGCCGCAGGAUUCCCAGCUGUUUUCUAGCUACCAAAUGAAGCGAUUGCUAAAACGGAGAAAGGUCCAAGAAUCUUUGGAGAUUGCGGAAAAAGAAAUGGGUGGUAAGACACUUACUUUGGAUGAGCUAGAAAAAUUAUUAAAAGAUCAGGGAGUCGAUACAAAGGGUAGAGACGAUACUGCUUUUAGGAUAGCUUCUAAUAGUACUACGCGUUUGGUUUAUGUCAAUGAUCUCAAGGCUCUGAAGUCGAGUCAAGAGGCAAUUGAUGCUAAAGCUGUCGAUAAAUCUCAAUCAGCUGAUUCAAAAUUAUCUGUAUCAAGUGAGUUUUCACAGACGAGUGAUGAUUCGAAACUUUCUGCACUUAGUGAGCCUGGUUGUUCGCAGACAAAUUUAUCUGACGAUGAUUCAAAAUUAUCUUUAAUCAAUGAACCUGAUUGUUCACAAAUGAAUAGUGAAGAUUUAAAUUUACCUGUAGAUAAAAAUCUUGAAGUUCUGAAUGAUAUCGAUGCAUAUGAUUUGGAAGAUGACUGGGAAGAAGAAAUAGCAAUUAAUGAAAAACCCGUUGAGUCUCCUGCGGUUAAAAAAUAUUUUGGUAAGCCUGCUAAUCCUGUGUUGGCUUAUAUGCAAGCACAGUGGGGCUUGUCACAUGAAAAAAUUCUUGAGUUCUUAGAGCAUAGAGAUAAGAAUAAUUCGCCGGAUUUAAAUAAAAGUACAAACGAAAAUAAAAGAAAGAAGUCUGGGAAUAAUCUAUUUUUUGGUGGAAGAAAAAAAUCUAGGACUGAUUCAGAGUCAAGUUUCGAGUCGGUUAAAAUUGAAGAAGUUUCUACGUCAGAAGUAAUAGUUGAAGAAAACACACUAGUGUCUGAUGAUAAAGUUGAAACGAUUAGUAGUUCUUCAGAUUCUGAUGACUUUGUAGAAGUACAAGACGUUCCUAUUCCUCAGAUUAAAGCAGAGAAAAAACUUGAAGUUACUGUUAAGCCUGUUGAUCUAUUGGAUGAAGAAGAAGAUAUGUUUGCUGAUGUUUUUAAAGAUGAAGCUGUAAAAACUAAUCAAAAAGAUGUAUUGAAAAAUGAAAUUGUAAAAACUAAUAAAAAGACGGAUGAUGAAGAUAUUUUUGCUGAUGUAUUUAAUAAUGAAGUUCAAAAUGAAUCAUCAGAUUCAUCGACAAGCAAAUUAGAUACCAUUGAUCUUGAUUCGUCUACUGAUACUUCCUUAGUGAUUAAAUUACCAGCUCAAGUAACUCCAUUGAAAAGAAAAUCAGUAGAUUCUAAAACAGUUGAUCAAUUAAAACCCGGUGUAAUUAAUUUAGAAAUAGAAGACAAGGAAAUUGCUCAUAAAACUCCAGAAAAAUUAAUUGCUCAAAUAACAGAAGAAGAAAUAAAUACAAGCGAAAAUAUAGAAAUAAAAAAUGUACCAGAAUUAGUGACAACAAAUAAAGAAGCUGAGCUGUUAAAAGAGAUUGAAGUUCAAGAACCAUCUGAAGAAAUCGUAGUUAAAAAAAAAUCUAACAAAGUAGAGCAAAUAAUAUCUGGCCUUGAAAAUACUAAAGAAGAAUUAAUAAAUAAAAUGAACAAAAGAGAAGAGUUAUCGGAAAUGAAAUCACAGUUAGAAAAUGAAAAUCAAGAAUUAAGAAGUGAAAUUGGAAAGUUAGAAAGACAAUCAUUGGAAGUAACUGAUCAAAUGCGUUGUGAUGCUCAAGAUCUUUUACGACUAUUCGGUAUUCCGUAUUUGGUAGCUCCUCAGGAAGCCGAAGCUCAGUGCGCGUAUUUAGAAAUUCUUAAUUUGACUGAUGGAACUAUCACAGACGAUUCUGACAUCUGGUUAUUCGGCGGUCGCUGUGUUUACAAAGAUUUUUUCAACAAUCAAAAAGAAGUUUAUGAAUACCGAUCAAAAGACAUUGAACAUCACUUCAAACUAACGAGAAAACAAAUGAUUCAAUUGGCUUUUUUAGUUGGAAGUGAUUACACGAUAGGACUUACAGGAGUUGGUACUGUAACAGCAAUGGAGAUAAUCGCUAAUUUUCCAUCAGAAGGUGAUGAUAUUCUCCGGGGUUUAAUGAACUUUUCUGCGUGGCUUCGUGGUGGGACAUUAAGAACAGAGCCGGGAAGAACUGUGCUGAGGAAUAAAUUAAAAAAUGUCACUGUUGAUCAGGGAUUUCCCAGCCAAGCUGUUGCGCAGGCUUAUUUAUUUCCUACGGUCGACGAGAGCAAAGAAGCUUUCAGUUGGAGCAAACCUAACUUAGUUUUACUGCAAGACUACACGAGAGAAAAAUUUGGCUGGUCUAGACUCAAGUUUGAAGAAACUAUGGCGCCUGUAAUGAAGCGAUUGUUGGACAACAAGUCGCAGAAGAAUAUUAUGGCUUACUUCAAGGUUAGCACGGUGCCCAAGUCCAUUGAAGAAAAAUUAAGCAAGCGGGUACAGAAAGCUGUCAGGAAAAUUGGAGCUCAGGAUGCUGAUGAUGAAGAUCUGGUCGAAGAAGCUGAUCAAGAAACUAAUGAAGAACAAGGAGUUAAGAAGCGUAGAACUUAUAAGAAGAAGACCAAAAUUCCUGAGUUACUUGAUCCGGCUAAAGGAAGUGUUGAUGGAGAGACUAAAGAAGAAAGAAUAAAACGAAUAAAAGAACAGGAAAAAAUGCAGGAAGUUAUUCCACAAAGAGAAAAAGACAAAGCGGAAGCGUUGGAAAAAAAAUUAAAAGCCAUUGAAGUAUUUAGAAAAUCUCGAGCUGGUCCUGGAAAUUCCGGGAAAAAAUCUUUACGUAAAAAAAGAACUAUUAAAAAAGAUGCGGAGCUUUCAGAGUCCGGUGAUAGUGAUUAAAUUAUUUUUGUACUUUUUAAUUUAUUUGUAAAUUUUACUCUUAAAAAUGGUUCAAGUUUUACAGUAUAAAAUAUUUGGUUGAAAUAAAUAAUUGAAUCUUUGAUAA